AUGGCUAGAUAUGGUUUUACUAUCAAGUCUAAAGUGACAGAGGCGUUUAUAGAUGGCCGAUGGGAAUGGCCGGAUGAUUGGAGAAGUAGGUACCCCUCUUUAUUUCAGCUUCGGCCCCUUUCUAUAUCUGAUAUGCAGGAUAGAUUUUUAUGGAGGAAUACGGAUGGAAAGCUGGUGCCGUUCACGUCUAAAGAUGUCUGGAAUGUGAUCCGGACGCGUGAUCAGCCGAAAACGUGGUCUAAAGUGGUGUGGUCAUCUUUUAAUAUUCCGAAACAUGCGUUCAUGUGUUGGCUUAUUUUCAAGAAGAAACUCUGGACUCAAGACCGGAUUUUGAGGUGGAAUCAGUUGGUUACGGGAUCUAUGAAUUUGAUGUGUUGCUUACUAUGCCAAUCAGGAUUAGAGACGCAUGAUCAUUUGUUCUUCGAAUGUGCAUAUUCGAAAUCAAUUUGGCAUAAGGUCAGGCGUAAAGUUGAUAUGAAUUCGGUUCAAGAUUCAUGGGAUGAUAUCUCAGCUUGGUUGAUUGCUAGAGCCAAGUCGAAGUCAGUGUACUCGGUUGCAAGUAGAUUGGUGGUGGCAGCCUCAGCGUAUGUCAUUUGGAAUGAACGUAAUGCUAGAUUUUUCAGUAAUCGUCUGAGACCGCCAGAACAGCUAGCCGAUUCAAUCAUUAGCACGUUUAGAACAAAAUUAACCUCUUUCAGGUACAAGCAAACGUCAAAUGUCGACAGAUUUUUGGAAGAGUGGAAGCUGGAUAAACAAGAUUUCUUGGAUGAAGACUGA